AUGCGCUACCCCGAGGCAGUGGCCAUGUCGUCUAUGGAGGCAGACACCGUGGCAGACGCGCUGCUCACCGUUUUCAGCAGAGCUACCAGGGACCAGGGGAUACUUCUCAUCCCCAUGAGGAAGCACAAGCUGCAAGCUGCCUGGGACGGCCCCUUCAAGGUCAUCAGACAGGACAUCAUUGAGGACAAACUGGUCAAGAAUCUGUGGCCCUUUUUGUCGGACCCGGUCCCUACCACCAGCUCCCAGGCUGCUGUCAGCGCCCGCUUUAGGCAUUGGCACAAGAACAAGCCAGCGGCCGAGUACCGGACGGGCCCGCGCCUCAUCAUUUACGUGCUGGGUGGGGUGUCCAUGUCUGAGAUGCGCUGUGCCUACGAAGUGACCCCGGCCAUCAAGGGCAAGUGGGAGGUGGUGAUCGGUUCCAGUCACAUCCUGACCCCCAAGCGCUUCCUGGAUGACAUCCAAACCCUCAACCAGCUGGACCCCGAGGAGGCCUAGAAGCAGCCCCCUCCCCCCAGAGACUCUGCCCCCCACAGUUUGCUGCCCCCAGCUCCACCUGCUCUUCUCAA